AAACAUGUUCAAAAUAUUUAGCACUCCAAAACUAAUGAUUCAUUACCAAUGACGAAAAUAUUGAGGAAAAUAUUCAUUAACAGAGUGAAUGUUAUUUCAGGUAUGAUGAGUUGAAUGAUAGAAUGGAUCUGGAGGAAACUACGAAUGGAGAAGGACCUCCGAAAAAGAAGUCCAAAAGCUGUAUGGAAAAAGGCCUAGGAAGUUUACCGAAACAUAUACUAUUGAAAAUAUUGGAAUACUUGGAUUUAGAGUCCAUGGCCAAUUGUUCCAAAGUAUGUUCUACCUUUUAUAAUUUGUCAAAGGACAGCUCCUUAUACAAAAAAGUAGUCUUGAAGUACAGCAUGACCCCUAAUUUUUUAGAAUCACUAGUUUCAAAAGUUGCCCAUCCAUCAGAAGUAAUCAUUGAAUAUAAACAUCAUGAUCAGUAUGACCAUCAAGCUGAAAAAGAAGACCACUGUACAACUUUCAAUAUCUUUGUUGAGAGAUUACUUAGGAAGUGUGGGGAAUACAUAACAUCUCUCAAAAUAGAAAAUUGCCAUGUUGAACAAAUUCUACUGCUCAUAGGGGAAUGUUUCAAUCUGCAAAGUCUGAUCCUCUAUAGAUGCAAAAGUUCUUUCACUUCAUUACUAUCUCUAGCUUCUUUGAGUAACAUAAGCUUCACUUCUUGCCAUUUUCCACAAAAAAUUGUCAGUGAACUGAUUAAAACAAAUAAGGAUCUCAACUAUCUAUAUUUAUCAAAUAAUGUCAAUGUGAAUGCUAAUGAAAUCUGUGAAAUCAUGUCCUUGCACAAUGCCCACAUGAAAGAAAUUCACUUCAGUGAGAGGAAGAGAGUAAAGUCGAAAAGCCUAAGGACUUUAGCCAGGCUAGCUCAUCUGCAAAAAUUGAAGCUAGUUUCUGGCCCUGGUUUUGAUUGUGACCCUGAUGAUUCUCUGGAACUUCUGGCUGCUGGUUGUCUCCAUCUAGAAACUUUGUCAAUUCAUGGUUGGAAGGAAGUGAAUGAUGAUAAUUUCAUUCCUGCCCUGAGGAUGCUGGUGAAUCUUAAAAAUCUGGAACUCAGAGACACUAAUGUAACAAUAAAAAGCUGCAGAGAAGCUGCCCUAACCUUACCAUUAUUGGAAACCUUGGACGUUUUUCAUUGUCACAGGAUUAAAAAGAGACAGCUAAUACAACUUGGAAGAGAUUUUGAAGAAAUAAAUAUACCACUUGAUUAAAACUAAAUUGUGUUGUAUUUUUAUAUUAUUGAAAUGAUUGUAUCACAUAUAUCUGUAAUAAAAUUUAGUUUAAAUUUUUUAAAUUCUC